GUUAGGACUACUCGGUCUAUCAGCGUCGCUAAGUUAACUACUAAUUACUCAGGUCUACUUACCCACCCCCCAUUUUCUCCCAUUCUCUCUUCACCUUCCCCCCCCUCCUCCUUCUCGUGACACUUCUAUCAACCACGCCAUACCUUUCUCCAUCCUCUCCCCCCUGUUCUCUUGGGAUUCAUUUCCGUCUCCCCUUGAAUUUCCGCGGCUGCUAGACGGUGGGGGGUUGCUCAAUUUCCUUUUUCUUUGGUGUGACAGCCAAUUCACACCACACAACUUGACCUCUUGUCGUCCCACAUCAUGUCCUCCACUACCCAUUUUCCAGACGCAAAUCACUUCCAGCAACAAUCAGAUGAGUUCAUCACCUGGCUGUCUAGUCUCCCGGGCGUCAAGUUGAACCCUAAGAUUCAGAUCGCUGAUCUGAGGGCCAGCGGCGCCGGCCGAGGUGUCGUGGCUCGACUCGAUCUCGAAGAAGGCGAAGAGCUUUUCACCAUCCCCCGCGCCCAUGUCCUCUCCGUUCAGAAUUCGAAGUUGAAGGGCCUGGUCUCCCACGACCUGGAGGAACUUGGGCCAUGGCUUUCUCUCAUGGUGGUCAUGAUCUAUGAGUAUCUUCGCGGUGAUCAGUCCCCAUGGGCGCAGUACUUCAGAGUCCUUCCUCGGAAUUUUGACACCCUGAUGUUUUGGUCCCCAGCCGAACUUGCGGAGCUUCAAGGCAGCGCCAUCGUGAACAAGAUCGGACGACAGGGCGCAGAAGAAUCCAUACUCAAGACCGUAGCCCCCAUUGUACGGGCAAACCCUUCCCUGUUCCCUCCCAUCGACGGUUUAGCCUCUUUUGAAGGAGAUGUCGGUACGCAAGCUCUCCUCCACCUGGCUCAUACCAUGGGGUCGCUUAUCAUGGCCUAUGCAUUUGAUAUCGAGAAGCCUGAGGAUGAAGAUGAACGCGAUGGAGAAGAUGGCUAUGUUUCAGACGAAGAGGAAGGACAGUCGUCUAAAGGCAUGGUCCCUUUGGCCGAUCUGCUCAACGCAGAUGCCAAUCGAAACAAUGCUCGCAUCUUCCAAGAAGAAGAGAUUCUUGUUAUGAAAGCUAUCAAACCUAUCGGAGCUGGCGAGGAGAUUUUCAAUGACUACGGAGAGAUCCCCCGGUCAGACCUCCUGCGACGGUACGGGUAUGUCACCGACAAUUAUGCUCCGUUCGAUGUCAUCGAGGUAUCCCUCAGCAAUAUAUGUCAGGCAGCGGGUCUUUCGAAUGCUGAUGUUGAAUUGCAACCUCCGCUCCGGUUCCUAGAAGAGUUGGAACUCCUUGAUGACGGCUAUGCCAUCCCAAGACCCUCCCCUGAAGAUCAGUUGACAGACAUCCUCCAGGAUGAAUUGCUUCUGUUGCUCAAGACUCUAUCGCUGUCGCCAGAACUUCUGCAGAAGCAGAUGUCCAAGAACAAGCCUCCCAAGCCGACAUUUGGCGAAGCCGAAGCUACCAUACUUGGUAGAGCGCUGGAGCUCAACCAAGCGCACUACCCAACAACCAUCGCACAAGACCAGGAGCUUCUCGCUCAAUUGAGCCAGCCAGCCGCCCUCAACCCUGCUGAUACAUACAUGCGCCGCAAGGCGAUGGCUAUUCAAGUCCGCCUUGGCGAGAAAGAAGUUCUGCAAAAUCUCUUUACGAUGCUCAACAACCAAAUCAGCAAUCAGGCUAACGGGACCGCGGCCAAGCGCCCUGCCAACGACGACCACGACGAAUCGAGACGCCCCAAGGCUUUCAGAUCUUGA